AUGUUCAAUAAUUCAAGCUAUUUUAUUAACAUGGUGUAUCAAAGCAAGUAUUCUGGGGAAGUGAGCGGUAUGCAGGUGAAAAUAACCAUAAAUAAUAGAGAAGCCGUCCAAAUCAUUAAGUUUUUUAUAGCUGCUCAAAAAAGCAAGGAUGUUAAAGAAACAAGACCAUUUAGUGGCCCUUUUACCAUGAGUGAAAUCAGAACAGGAGAUUUUAUUCGCACACCCAGCUGGCUUAUAAAAAGCUAUAUCUAUGAGUACUUGGAGACUCUUUCUGAUCUGAAGGAUUUUAUUGCGCAAGUGUAUAGGAGUGUGUCUGUCUAUAUUCACAGUUUUUCUAUAAACCAGAAAGAGGAAAAGAACCAUGCAAAUGUAGUCUACAAUUAUUUAUUUCAUAAUAACCCGAAGGACAGUGACUUUGACGUAUACAUGAAUGCUUUAUUCCAAGUAGACAAUAUAAUUUCUAAGUACAAGGGACUUCUAGCUGAGGGCGUAAUGGAACUGGCACCCACAGUUGAUUAUUUUUAUGUGAAUACACCGCUAUUUCAAUAUAGAAAUUUCUAUUACAAUGCCUUUAUUAAAAAGAUAAAGCUUCUUUUUAGCACUUUAUCUGCAUGCUUUUUGUACGAUCCAAAAAAUCGAGUGUAUAACACCACACACAUUCCACGUCUGAAUGUUUUUUUAAAAAGCGUUGAUAUUAAUUCCCAAACUAGUUUUAGUUAUAGUUCAGAUGCGAUAUUGGGUGAAUAUAUAGAGUCUGUGCACGAUAGAAUUGCUUUAAUCUUCAAAAAUGGCGAUCUACUAGCAGCAGAAUGUAAAUUUGGUCUUUUUCAGCUUAUGGAGUCGGUGCAAAUGCUCACUAAAGUAAAUGAUAAAAAUAAUGAUGAAACUAUUCAGAGAUUUUCUAAGGGGCUUAAUGACUAUAAGGGUGAGAUUACUGACAAAUUUAUAGAAUAUGCGGAGAACUGCAUUCUGAAUAUUCUUCUUAAAUAUUCUAUUAACAAAUGUUUAUUGGUUAAGAUUGAGCAGCCGGUUAUAGGAUAUAUUUCGCCAUCCUCUCCUAUAAAAGAUCUGUUUUGCAAUUUGAUUUUAACUUAUAGCGAAUCUAGAAAUAGGCAAACCCGCAUUGCAAUCACCCUAAAACCAGGAAAUCUUGAUGUUAGCACGAGCAUAAUUGGAAAUACACCAUCUAUGCUAGGCAUUCAAUGCCUCAAUACAAUCAAGAAAAGUGUAGGUAGUCUGAAUACUUUUCCAGGGAGUAUGAUUGCGCACUAUAUCACAAUAGAACGAGAUCGACUUCAGAACAGCACCCAACGAUAUAGAACUACUUGGAAUGAUAUAUAUCAGUGCAUGCCGAACCAGCAUGAAUCUUUAGAUGCAUUACUUAUAUACGGGGAAAUAUUUCUUAAUUAAUUUAAAUAUGUUUGAAUUGAAUAAUAAAAUG